GCCUCGGCAUAUGCUGUUAUUCAUCUGCACACUUCGGUCAAGUCGAGUUCAACUUUACUGCAUCCCAAGGCGAUCCACACUGCACCGCACGAUGGCUUUUAACGUCCUCUUCGCUACCGCGGUCCUGUGUCUGACAGCACUGUCCCUUUCCGUCGAAGUCUCGGGCGAAAUCAAACCGGUGGACGAGCCUUGUCUGGGAUGCCUUUGCGAAGCCAACGGCGAGUGUUCGCCACACAUGAAGUGCAGCGGCGAGGUGUGCGGUAUGUUCGGUAUAACGUGGGCGUAUUGGUCUGAUUCGGGAAGACCGGUUAUAGCAGGAAGUAAUCCAUACGACUCGGACGCGUACAAAAAAUGUGCCAACGAUCCUGCAUGCGCCAAAGCGUCGGUGAUAGGUUACAUGAAGAGAUUCGCUCAGGACUGCAACAACGACGGGGUCGUCGACUGCUACGAUUACGCGGCCAUCCACAAGCUGGGAGGUUUCGGAUGCAAAGCACACUUGCCAAGUGAUUACCAGGUACGAUUUAAGGCUUGCCAACUCAGUAUUCAACAACUAUCGGGAUAAACCGGGGCGCCGCAAUGUUGUUAUGAUUGCUGCCCGACAAUCCACGGUCCAGACCUUGUCAUAUUACGCUCAACGACGAGAACCCUGAACUGCUGCAGUGAUGGGACGAAAGCCCGCCUAUGCCUUAUUUAAAUCACUAUCACCAAUUUUCUUGUAAAACGUACCUAUAUUUAUCGAUAUCGCUAUUAUAAUAAUAGUUGAAUUGUAUGUUUUUAAAAAUAAUAAAAACCUAAUUUAAUUAUAA